AUGACAGAAUGCUCACUUUUUAUACCCCUCUCAUCCUUCCGCUCCAACCUCGUCGCCCUCUUUCCGCUCUCUCCUCCUCCAGUGAGCACGCUUCAAUGUGGUGGUGAUGAAAUUACCUGUAGAGGUAGUGGUAAUGUUGGUGAUAUCGUGAUUGUGGGAAGUGAGAAUAUAGGAGGAGGUGAUGGAGGUGGAGGAGAUGGUAGUGGAGGAGAUGCAGGAGGUGAGGAGAAUACAAAUGGAGGUGAAUAUGCAGGAGGUGGUGAAAAUACCAACGGAGGAGAGGACAAAGGAAAAAGAGAUGGAGGUAAUGGAUGA